GGAGGUUGGCCGGGAUAUGUGACUGUGAAUUAUCAAUAGAGUCCCAUUCCGCCUGACAAAGACGUUUCCCUACAAAUCCACUUUUCACUCCCACCGCUCUAAAUGUCAUCUGCCGUGCCUGUCGAUCAAAUUCUCAAAUACCUUAACACAACCAACGGUCGUGAAAAGCUCUAUCGUACUAUCCAGUACUUUUCCAGAUUUUAUGCCUGGCACCUUUUCCGUCAAGGAGCUAGCAAGGAAACCAUAGCCCGCUGGAACGGUCUUAAGACAAACCUCGCUUCAGGUCGUAAGCUUUUCCGUCUGUUCAAGCCCAUCGAGUUCGGUAAGGGAGCUGUUGCAGCCCUCAAUGUCAACGACAGUGUUUUGCGUAUCAGUGGAGCUUUGAGACAACUCGGUUACUUUGGCUACUACUUGGUUGAGAUGUUCGUCUACCUCCACCAAGUUGGAUUCAUCACUUUGCAAAAUCACAAGAAGAUCUCCGAUCUCGGCUUCAAGUUCUGGGCCGCUGCCCUUAUCUUCUCUCUGUCCAAUGGUUUGUAUAAGAUGAAGCAGAUCCAAGGAAGAAUCGAGAUGAUCAAGCGUAACAGCAAGCUCGUCAAUGCUUCCACUUCUGAAAAGGAUGCUCAGCGUGCUGCUGACUACAGAAUGCAAGAAAAGACUUUGGUCAAGGAGAAGCAAGAUGCUACCUACCAGCUUAUUCAGGAUGCCCUUGACUUCAUCAUCCCCAGCUCUACCUUGGGAUGGAUCGCCGCUGAUGAGGGUCUCGUCGGCAUUGUUGGUACCGUAACCUCUAUCAUGGGUGCACAAACCCAGUGGAAGAAGGUCAGCGUUAAAUAAAUGGACGUGUAGUGUAUCUGUUUUUUGAGAAAAUGCUAGUGUAAUUGUUGCACGACCUUAUAUACAAGCACAAAAACAAUAAAUAUAAACCAACUUGUAUGCAUAGGAGAAUACA